UUUGGUAGUCUGUUUGUUGGCAACUUUUGCGUGUCAUAAAAGCAUUGCGAUUGUCAGUUUAACCAUUAACUUGCAGGGUGACAGUCAGGUUGACUGCUGGUGGCUUGAGGCUGCUUUUAAGCUGGACAUUACUCUGUCACUGCACUCUGAGGACAUCAACAUAGCAUGAGCAUGAGCAACUUUGGGCAGAUCCUGAAGGAGAUCGGGGAGUUCGGUUUAUUUCAGAAACGUCUAGUGGCUGUAUUAUGUAUCCCCAGCAUUUUUGUCGCUUUCGAUGUGAUCGGUCAGGUUUUUGUUGGCAUGAACUUCCCACAUCACUGCAACACUGACUGGAUCUUGGGCCGAGGACCCAACCUGACGGCUGAGAGACAACGAAAUCUCACCAUCCCCGUGAACAAGGAUGGAAAGUAUGAAAGCUGCGAAAUGUUCACACCUGUGGAUUUGGAUUUGGAAACCAUUGAGGCAUACGGGAUCAACACAACAACGGGAUGCAUAAAUGGAUCAGAUUUUGAAGCAGCCAAAGGUGCCUUCAGCAUUGUGACAGAGUUCGACCUGGUGUGUGACAGGAGCAGUCUGAUCGAGGCAUCGCAGUCCAUCUACAUGGCCGGUCUUCUGGUUGGAGCGUUUGUGUUGGGGCAGAUGGCUGACAGGUUUGGUCGACGCUUUGUGGUCCUGCUUUCACACCUUCUCCUACUGUUGUUUGGUGUCGGCGCUGCUUUCUCACCCAACAUCUAUGUUUAUAUAGUUCUCAAAUUUUUAGCUGGCAUCUCAAUUUCUGGCAUCAUUGCUAAUGCGUUUGUGAUAGGUGGAGAAUGGAGUGAUUCUUCCAAGUUUGCUCUCUGCACCAUUAUCGGCCACACUUUUUCCCCUGUUGGAAUGAUGAUGUUGUCUGGCAUCGCCUUUUUGGUCCGUGACUGGAGGAUCCUGCAGCUCGUGCUCUUCAGCCCCCUUGUCCUUGUCCUGGGAAUCUUUUAUUGGAUUCUUCCAGAGUCGGCUCGCUGGCUCAUCACCCAGGGCAGGAAGAAGGAGGCCGUGAAGGAGAUCCGGAAGGCAGCUAAGGUGAAUGGGAGGAAGGUCCCAGAAGACCUGCUGGACAAGCUGGAGGUUGAGGGUACGUCCAAAAGAGGAAGCAUGCUGGACAUCUUCAGGAUAUCAUAUCUGAGAAAACGUGCUCUCGUAAUGAGCUUCAUUUGGUUUGCAACAAGUUUGGUGUACUACGGACUGAGCCUGAACGUUGGCAAUUUUGGUCUUGAUAUCUACCUCACGCAGUUCAUCUUUGGCGCAGUAGAAAUUCCCGCACGUCUGGGCAGUUUGCCUUUCCUCCAGCACUUUGGGAGGAGAAUAUGUCAGGCAGGGGUGUUAUUUUUCGGAGGUGCUGCUUGUCUCGGAUUACUUGCUAUUCCAAAGGAUCUUCCAGUAGUGGUAACAGUCAUAGCUGUACUAGGAAAAUUUGCUGCAACUGCCAGCUUCUCCACAGUCUAUGUUUAUACUGCAGAACUAUAUCCUACUGUUUUAAGGCAGAAUGGUGUCGGUCUGAACUCCAUGUGUGCUCGUGUGGCGGGCAUCCUCGCUCCGCUGAUCAGACUCCUGGACGUCUACCAUCACACCAUCCCCAUGCUGAUAUACGGCAUUGUCCCCCUUGCUGCUGGAUGUUUGUGUUUACUGCUGCCUGAAACCCGCAAUGCUGAACUCCAGGACCACGCUGAACUCCCGAAACCUGAGAAUUGCACGGCGGAGACGGGAUCCGUCACUAAAGAGGCCACAUUAGGAAAGAGCACUAAAAUGUAAUUUAUAUGGACAUGAUUGUUUUUACAGUCUUUUUCAUAUCGGGAGGAGUAGUGUGCUUCCUCUCAGCUGAUACAGUGGUAACGGUAAUCUGUUAGUAUGCAAAGUUUUAACUGAAUCAUGUUCAUAACUGUCAUUAUGUUUCAUAUUUAAUGUCAAAAUUGUAUUUUUUGUACAAUAUUGUUCUGUUAAAAUCUUUUAUCUGUUAAGAAAUUGUUUUACUAUUGCUGAAGUUGUAGACUAUUUGAUAACUGGAAUUUGUAUGAGUAUUAAAAAUGAUAUAUCGUAUAUUUGCUAUGCACUUGUUUUCUCCUCUCAGUUUAAUUGCUGAUCAAUUAACUGUAGAGUAUUUUGGAAAAUGGGA